GAUGGAUAGUAAUAUCCACCUGGGUAGUCUGAUAAGCCGACACGAUGAUGAAGCCACAAGAACAUCUACCUCGGAAGGACUGGAGGAGGGUGAAGUGGAGGGGGAGACGCUCCUGAUCGUAGAGUCGGAAGACCAGGCAUCGGUGGACUUAUCUCAUGAUCAGAGCGGGGAUUCCCUCAACAGUGAUGAAGGAGACAUGUCCUGGAUGGAGGAACAGCUGUCCUUCUUCUGUGACAAGUGCCAAAAGUGGAUCCCGGCCAGUCAGCUGAGGGAACAGAUCAGUUACCUUAAGGGUGAUAACUUUUUUAGGUUUACUUGUUCCGAUUGUUCCGAAGGUGGCAAGGAGCAGUACGAAAGGCUGAAGCUAACAUGGCAGCAGAACAGAACAGGCACACACACGGGGAAGAGGAAGACAGAUGAAAGAGACAGAUGCAUCUACAAGCUCGGGAGUACCAAGGAGUGCUGUCAGGUUGUCAUGUUGGCAAUGUACAACUUAUCUCUGGAAGGAAGUGGACGCCAAGGUUACUUCAGAUGGAAAGAAGAUAUCUGUGCUUUUAUUGAGAAACAUUGGACUUUUUUACUAGGGAAUAGGAAAAAGACUUCAACCUGGUGGAGCACAGUAGCGGGUUGCCUCAGUGUGGGAAGUCCCAUGUACUUCCGUUCAGGUGCGCAGGAAUUUGGAGAACCAGGAUGGUGGAAACUUGUCCACAACAAGCCCCCCACAAUGAAACCCGAAGCAGAGAAGCUGUCUGCCUCUACUCUGAAAGUAAAAGCCUCAAAACCAACUUUAGAUCCCAUCAUUACUGUCGAGGGACUUAGGAAACGGGUAAGUCGGAAUCCUGUGGAAUCUGCCAUGGAAUUAAAAGAGAAAAGGUCUCGUACUCAGGAAGCAAAAGACAUUAGAAGAGCCCAGAAGGAGGCAGCGGGCUUCCUUGACAGAAGCACUUCUUCUACCCCUGUCAAGUUCAUCAGCCGAGGCCGCAGACCAGAUGUGAUUCUGGAAAAAGGAGAAGUGAUUGACUUCUCCUCCUUGAGCUCCUCUGAUCGCACUCCCCUGACAAGCCCGUCUCCUUCUCCUUCUCUGGAUUUCUCUGCCCCUGGAACACCCGCCUCUCAUUCAGCCACUCCUAGCUUGCUGUCAGAGGCAGAUCUCAUUCCAGAUGUGAUGCCCCCACAAGCCCUGUUUCAUGAUGAUGAUGAGAUGGAAGGUGAUGGAGUCAUAGACCCAGGAAUGGAGUAUGUCCCACCCCCUGCCGGGUCAGCAGCUUCUGGGACAGUGGUCGGGGGCAGAAAGAAGGUCAGAGCACCUGAACAGAUAAAGCAGGAGGUAGAGAGUGAGGAGGAAAAACCUGACAGGAUGGACAUUGACAGCGAAGAUACGGAUUCCAACACAUCUUUGCAAACAAGGACUCGAGAAAAGAGGAAGCCUCAACUGGAGAAGGACACGAGACCCAAAGGUCCCAAGUAUACACCUGUGAGCAUCUAUGAGGAAAAGCUGCUUCUGAAGAGGCUGGAAGCUUGUCCCAGUGCUGUUGCUAUGACACCAGAAGCUCGGAGACUGAAGCGGAAAUUGCUCGUCAGACAAGCAAAAAGAGAUAGGGGAUUACCGCUUUUUGACUUGGACCAGGUUGUUAAUGCCGCUCUUCUGUUAGUUGACGGGAUUUAUGGAGCCAAAGAAGGAGGUGUCUCUAGGCUCCCAGCUGGCCAUGCCACGUACAGAACAACCUGCCAGGACUUCAGAAUCCUUGACCGAUACCAGACUGCCUUGCCAUCCAGGAGAGGAUUUCGGCACCAGACCACUAAAUUCUUGUAUCGUUUGGUGGGGUCAGAAGACAUGGCUGUGGACCAGAGUAUCGUCAGUCCUUACACUUCUCGGAUCUUGAAGCCUUAUAUCAGGCGUGACUAUGAAACAAAGCCACCCAAACUACAGCUCCUGUCACAGAUUCGCUCCCACCUGCACAGGAGUGACCUUCACUGGACACCUGAGCCCGACGCGCCUCUUGAUUACUGCUAUGUUCGGCCAAACCACAUCCCAACGAUAAACUCUAUGUGUCAUGAGUUUUUCUGGCCAGGCAUCGACCUGUCUGAGUGCCUACAGUAUCCAGACUUUAGUGUGGUCGUCCUUUAUAAAAAAGUCAUCAUUGCCUUUGGCUUCAUGGUUCCCGAUGUGAAAUACAAUGAAGCUUACAUUUCCUUUCUGUUUGUGCAUCCUGAAUGGAGAAGAGCAGGCAUUGCGACUUUCAUGAUUUACCAUCUGAUUCAGACCUGCAUGGGCAAGGAUGUGACCCUUCACGUCUCAGCAAGCAACCCUGCAAUGCUGCUCUACCAGAAAUUUGGAUUCAAGACGGAAGAAUAUGUCUUAGAUUUUUACGAUAAAUAUUACCCCCUGGAGAGUAAGGAGUGUAAACAUGCAUUCUUUCUGAGGCUCCGUCGCUGACGGGAGUACGGCUCUUCACAGAGAGAUGCAUCUGCUGUGAGAGGAGCGUCUGUAUAGAGGCAGCUCUUCCUUUCAUUGUGGGUACCCAUCCUGGCUGCAGUUAGACUUCAUUCAGACCUCUGAACUGAGGUGAGAAGGGUGGUGGGCGGGGAAGCAGUAGGAGCAGGCCUGCAGCAGAGUAACUCUCCAGUCCUCUGUUUCAUCCGGUGUCUUAGGACUCUGUAUGGAAAAAUGGGCUCCUGGCUUCACAAGGAGUCGUUAUCAGCGUCAGCAGCCUGAGGCUGAAUGCUGUGUAGGGGGCAGGUGUCAGACAUGCAUCCUCCCUCCAGCGCCUUUACCUAUUCUGACACCAGCCGUUCCUCCCAGGCACUCUCUACUUCUCUGCCAGGUUCGAUAAUUCCUUACAAUGGCCACACAGAAUUCGCAGACCAUACUUACAAUUAAGGGAUUUAUUAAGGAAGUAACAGGUUUACAAUUCAGGAUACAGUUUUAUCCGGACAUCCUUUUCUCCGCCAUGCCCACAGGCAGGCCUCUCUCUGGCCCUCGGCCCCUCGGCCCUCCCUAUGCCCAUGCCGUCUCCUGCUGGUCUGGUUGCAUCCAUAAGCAAAGUCCAGGUUGCAGCAGUCUACACCUGCUCACCAUGUGAAACAUCUUUCCCUUCAUUUGGUCAGGUUCUGGUCAGCUUAUCUCUAGCCCCUGUGGGCUAGGUCACUGGGUACCAGCCGUAGGCUCACGAGUCCAUACACCUUCCUGCACUUCAGAUCAGCCAGCACCUUCUCUCUCUCACCCCAGCCUCUGUGGGCUAGGUCAGGGGGCACCACCCACAGGCUCAGAAGUUCACACAACUCGCUGCACUUCAGACCAGCCAGUACUUUCUCACUUUCUGUCACCCCUAGCCUCUUUGGGCUAGGUCAGUGGGUGCCAAUGGGACAUGUCCAAGCUCAGCCGUCUUUGCAUUGCUGUACCUCCCCCACUUCCACUCAUCUAGUGGACCCAGGUUGUCACCAUAAGUGAACAUACCAGGCUGUCUACUCACCAGCUCCCUUUAACUUCCAGUCCUAGAAGUGCGUUCUUCUGGUGCACACAGACUUUUCCUGCUUCCAUGUACCCAAAGGCAAACUACUUGCUCAAAGUUAAAAAAGCAAAACAGUAAUUUUUUUUUUCCUUGCACAUCCUUCCUUCAAAUGCAGAUUUCCUCCUCUCCCAGCAGGGUAGGUCUGCAUGUCUUUUCAAUGCAAAUUUCCAAGGUGGGGCUCUGGUUUUCAAAUCAACAGCCUGUAUUUCUUCCUAGCUCCCCUUUGAGCAUAUCCAGUCAAGUAUUAGCAGAAGGCAGAGUAAUCCGUUAUUGUUGUUAGGUGUCAUCUAGCGGUUCCAACUCACAGUGACCCUACAUACAAAAGAAGGAAACACUGCCCAGGCAUGCACCACCCUCACAGUUGUUGCUGUGCUUGAGCCCAUUGUUGUAGCCACUGUGUCAGUGUUUCUCGUUGAGGAUCGUCCUCUUUGUCACUGAUCCACUACUUUACCAAGCAUGAUGUCCUUCUCUAGGGAUUGGUCCCUCCUGAUAACAUGUCCAAAGUACAUGAGAUGAAGUCAUGCCAUCCUCGCUUCUAAGGAACAUUUUGAGUGUACUUCUUCCAAGACAAAUUUGUUCAUUCUUCUGGCAGUCCAUGGUAUAUUCAGUAUUCUUCACCAACACCAUAGUUCAAAGGCAUCGAUUCUUCUUUGGUCUUCCUUAUUCAUUGUUCAGCUUUCGCAUGCAUAUGAGGCAGUUGAAAACACCAUGGCUUGGGUCAGACACACCUUAGUCCUCAAAGUGACAUCUGUGAUUUUUAACACUUUAAAGAGGUCUUUUGCAGCAGAAUUGCCUGAUGUAGUACAUCGUUUGAUUUCUUAACUGCUGCUUCUGUGGGAAUUGAUUGUGGAUCCAAGUAAAAUGAAAUUUUUGGCAACUUCAGUCUUUUCUCUGUUUAUCAUGACAUUGCUUUUUGGUCCAGUUGUGAGGGUUUUUGUUUUCUUUAUGUUGAGGUGUAAUCCACACUGUAGUCUUUGAUCUUCGUAAGUGCUUUAAAUCCUCUUCACUUUCAGCAAGUAGGAUUGUGUCAUCUGCUUAUCACGGGUUGUUAAUGAGCCUUCCUCAUAGAUUUAGGUCUGUUUUAUAGCGCUAGGUAGGAGAAAUAUUCAGUAAACACAGUUCUUUUUUAAAACAUUGCAGUUUCAUCUUCUCCACACCUUGACUAUCUACCCAUUUGUAUGAUUUGUAUGUAUAUGGCCUUGGGACUCUGGUUUGGUGGAACCAGAGGACUGACCCACUAUCAAUCAUCUUGCUUAACCUGUCCAGCUUUUGCCCCAAGCCACUCUCCCCUCAGCUUUAGCAUUGCCAUCUCUCACUUUCCAUUUAGCCAUUAAAGAUAACAACAGCCAAAGGAAUCACCCAGGAAUCAAAAGUUUCACUUCCUACACCGCUUUGUUCUUUCUGUUAUAAAGUCCUGCACACCUAUGAGCCUGGAGCCAUUGCAACGAAUCCCUUCCGACACCAACUGUAAAAUGGUGUGGUGGGGGCAUCUGACCUCCUCUGACUUCACAAGGCUGGAAGAGUUAUCAUCAACAUCAACAGCCCAAGGCUGAGGACAGACAUGCUCUCACCCCCACCCUCUCCACCAGUUCUGAUACCUUAGUUAGCUAAAACCCAAUGAUGCAGCAGUUCUUUCACCUGAGAGUUUGUAAAAGAGCAUUUGUUUUGAUAUUUGUGGUGAGAGAGAAUCCAGCUCUCUUAAUCUAAAGAGUAGAAAAUGUGUAGCUGUUAAAGAUUCACGUAGUGGCUAGAGGCACUUGCCUGUAGAAGGUACCCUGUGUCCUGCUGUGAUGAAAGCAGCUCAUGAGAUGAUUAUGUAAAGAGAUUCCAGCCCUGUCCAGCUAUUGGCAGUGUGUUAUCCGUGGAUCUAGGACGAGUUUUAGGGUGUGGAAAUUCUGAUGUCUCUCUUGCUAACUUUGACCAUAGCCAGUGAAAAUAAACCAAACAUUUGUGUCUCUGCA